AUGCCAAGGCUCUAUAGAAGACGUCCUAAUCGUGAUUAUUUGGAACAAUUUAUUUUACCCAUAUUUACUCCAAUAAAUAAUACCAUCAAUUCAUUAGGUAGUUAUGAGGAUGAUAUUAUUAAUAUUCUUGCUCAUCGAACCGUGGCCCAACGUCAAGCCAUUGAGCGUGCCUACAAAGAACAAUAUGGCGAGGAUAUAAGGCAAAAACUGAAAAGUCUACUCAGGGAAGACCUUGAAUUGGUCAUUUUGUGGUCUUUCUAUGAUCGGGCUCACUUGAAUGCAGCAGCUCUUCAAAAAGCCAUGAAUGCCACUGAAACUGACAACGAUCUGCUCAUUCAUGUUAUAUGCACUGCCGACAGAGAUGAAAUUAGGCCAAUUAAAGAAGCUUUUCAAGAGAUGGCAGGAACACGCCUUGUGGAGGCCAUUGAGAGUAAGUGCAAUGGCGACUUCAAACGGGUUCUAUUGGCGAUAGUCGAUGGCUCACGAGAAGAGGACUGCGAUGAGAGCCAGGCAAGAGCUGAUGCCAAAGAACUGUUCGAAGCCGGUGAAGACAAAAUCGGGACUGAUGAGAGCACCUUCAUUCGCAUGAUGUGCAAUCGUAGCUUUAAACAAAUUCAAUUAAUUGACAAAUACUACCAAGAGUUAUCUGGGCAUGAUCUAAUCACUGUCAUCGAGAAGGAGUUAUCUGGUGAUGUUGGAAAGUCGUUGAAGCUUAUUGUGAAUUAUGCCAAAAACAAGGUAGCAACUCUUUCGCAGAUGCUUAAUGCGAGCCUGAAGGGAGGGGAAACUCGUAGUGCAAGUGUGAUACGCAUCGUGCUUGCAUAUGCAGAGAGUGAUUUGGAGUCGAUCAAAGCCUACUUUGAUGAAACUUACGAACAAUCGCUUGCAGAAAUGAUUGGUGCAGAAGCAUCUGGAGAUUACAAACAUUUCCUUCUCGAUAUCGUUCUAUGA